AUGCCAAGCGCAAGUGUAUUCCUGGCAAGGGCAGUGCUCUAUCGGCUCCCUGUGACCGUUGUCUGCGCCAUCGUCUUCCGUGUUCACACUCCCAGGCCAACCACCUACCCAGGACGCGGACUCUCUGCAAAUCGCCGAGUGGACCUGAUUCCUCUAAGACAAAUGACGUUCUCUUGGAAAACCUUAUGCCAGAUCGCUUCGGUAGGACAUAAGACCACCCACCCUGAUGGGUUCGAGGAUGGGUUCAAGGAUGGAAGGGAAUCUUCCACCGAUGAUUUCCAGAUCCCACAUUCUCCUCUAGAUCGCUGGAUCUUCAGCAGUUUGGACCUUGACCACGGCUCGGCAGUUUGGUGGGACGACCAAGUCCAGACAGAAUAUAACCGCUCCAUCUCCAUCUCCAUCGUGAACCACUUUCCACAGGCAGCUCCAGAGGCCGUAGACACUUUCGUACGAUACUGCAGCGUGCGUCAACGACCCUCCGGGCUGUGGACACACCAAUGCGGUCUGCCAGCCAGCUUGGAGCGGCUGCAAGCCGCCCACAGUCUCGUGGAGCCAACUGACCACGGACCCCAAGGCAUAAUGAUUGAAAGAAGUCAUUUCGCCGGGGUUAAUGGACCCAUUUGGAAGCAUACUGUCCCAGCGUUCCCAAAUGGUUGUGCCGCAGAGAAGGAACAUAACCAGGUCGCAUUUCAUCGGUGGAUCGUCGACAAGUCAAACUUCCGUCGUCUGCUACUGGCUUGCGCUAUGCAAGCCGCCACACAAAUGACGGGAGUCUCCGCUAUUCAUCUUUCCAUCAACUCAAUCAUUGGCCUCAUUGGUGAAUUCCUUCUUAUGAUGGUCGUCGAUAAAAUCGGUCGUCGCAAACUCGUCGUGGGUGGAAAUCUUCCCAUGUGUCUCACAUACGUGAUCAGCACAAUCCUUCUCGCCCAGUUUCCUCCUGAGGUGAACAGCUCGGGUGCACACUGGGGUUUCAUUAUCAUGACAUGGGUCUUUAAUUUCUGCUUUGCCAGUAUGGGAUCAUUGUCUUGGAUGAUUCCCGCCGAGAUUUUCGAUACAGCAACACGAGCGAGGGGGGUAGCCUUGGGCUGCAUGGUCUGCAAUUUCACCAACGCCGUCUUCUUCUGGGCCAUGCUCCCGGAAACGAAACAGUUGCCCCUGGAGGAGAUGAAGAAACUCUUCACCGAGACUCCCUGGUUCAUCGGCAAUUCCAUCAAAAGCGAGCAUCGAGUCACGGAAACCAGUAUCCUGGCGCAGCGAAUUAAAACCAUAGGAUUGGAAGACUUGACUGGCACAACCGAGCAUAAGGAGGAAACCGCUUAA